UAAGCAUCCCGUUAGUUUCUAUCACCCACAGAGAGAGAGGGAGAGGGAGAGGGAGAGGGAGCGGGAGAGGGAGAGGCUCUGUUCUCAAAACCCCAUGGCUGCUCCUUUAUCACUGUUGCUAUCCAUUACACUACUCUUAGUAGUAGCUCACCGGCCAAUCUCAGCUAGAAGAGAAGUGAUCAAAUCAAAGCAUGGGGCUGUGGCCACCGACGAUGGUCGGUGCUCAAUCGUGGGAAGAGAUGUGCUGAGAGAGGGCGGCAAUGCGGUGGACGCAGCGGUGGCCGCUGCCCUCUGCUUGGGUGUGGUCAGCCCGGCGUCGAGUGGGAUUGGUGGGGGUGCUUUCUUGGUGGUGAGGAUGGCUGAUGGCAGAGCUCAGGCCUUUGAUAUGAGGGAGACCGCACCCUUGUGGGCAUCCGAGAAUAUGUACUCUGGUAAUGCUGCUUCAAAAUCCAGUGGUGCUCUUUCAGUAGCAGUACCAGGAGAAAUUGCAGGCCUUCAUGAAGCUUGGAAGCAGCACGGAAAACUUCCGUGGAAGAGGCUAGUUGUUCCCGCUGAAAGCAUCGCUAGACGAGGAUUCAGAAUAUCUCCUUAUUUAUACAUGCAGAUGAAUAAAACAAGUGCAGGCAUUUUUGCAGAUAGAGGGUUGCGUGAUAUACUAACAGCAAACGGAAAUCUCUUAAAGCCAGGUGAUAUCUGCCUUAACAAAAGACUUGCACAGACAUUAAGAGCUAUUUCAGUCUAUGGACCGAAGGUAUUUUAUAACGGUUCAGUUGGAAUUAACCUAGUUAAAGAUGUUAAGAGAGCAGGAGGUAUAUUGUCACUGAAAGACUUACAAGGUUAUAGGGUGAAAGUGACAGAACCGAUGUCUGCAGAUAUUAUGGGCUUAAAGAUCUUGGGUAUGCCUCCCCCUUCAUCUGGGACUGCUGGAAUGAUCCUUAUAUUAAAUAUUCUUUCUCAAUAUCAAAUACCUUCAGGUGUUUCUGGUUCCCUUGGGCUUCAUCGGUUCAUUGAAUCAUUGAAACACAUGAUGGCUGUGAGGAUGAAUCUUGGGGAUCCUGACUUUGUAGAUGUUUCUCAAGUUCUAUCUGAUAUGCUCUCUCCCAAGUUUGCAGCAGAGUUGAAGAAAAAAAUAUUUGACAACAUGACAUUUGAUCCUAGCUACUACGGUGGAAAGUGGAAUCUAAUCAAUGAUCAUGGAACCAGUCAUUUAAGCAUUAUUGAUGGUGAACGAAAUGCUAUUUCUAUGACUAGUACAGUAAACUCAUACUUUGGUUCACAGCUUUUAUCACCAAGUACAGGAAUAUUGCUCAACAAUGAAAUGGAUGAUUUUUCCAUCCCUGGGAAUUCUUCUGCAAAUACUCCACCACCAGCUCCUGCUAAUUUUAUCAUCCCAAGGAAAAGGCCAUUAUCCUCUAUGACGCCAGCAAUUGUUCUCAAGGAUGGGCAUUUGAAGGCAGCAGUAGGUGCAAGUGGGGGAGGCAUGAUAAUUGCUGCAACGACUCAACUCUUCUUGAAUCACUUCGCUAAGAGAAUGGACCCCUUCUCUUCUGUUCUUAGCCCAAGAUCUUAUCAUCAGCUGAUUCCUAAUGUGGUUCAGUAUGAGAACUGGACAACAGUUACAGGAGACCACUUUGAAGUUCCAGAAGAGGAAAGAUUAGCCCUAAAGAAGAAGGGCCACGUCCUACAACCGUUGGCCGGUGGGACCAUUUGUCAGUUCGUCGUUCAUAACUCCGAAAAACCUAACGAAUUCACUGGAGAUGUUCCCUCUGGUGAUCUUACCGCUGUGAGUGACCCAAGAAAAGGUGGUUUUCCAGCAGGAUACUAAAACAACUGGACGCAAACUGUAGUUAUCAUAGAAGGAUUCUCGACUCCGAUAGCAUUUCAAAUUUGAUUCACAGAAUAAAGUUUUUGGAUGUAUUUUAUGUGGAAAGAUGUCUACUGGGUAGCGCAGAUAGAAUAAUUGUUGCAAGGAAUAAACCGCUUAUUGUUUCAGUCUUUUAUCUUGAAAGAAUUGAUUUAUUCAAAUUAUAGAAGGAUGACCACAGAUCAGUCAACAUCUGUAUUA